GGGGUGCCGUGGCCGUGGUGACGUGGCCUCCGCCAUAUUGAGGCUUCUCGUCUCCCGCGGGCCGCCCUCACGUCCGCGUCCAUUCCGCCGCCUCCCGCUCAUCGCCAGGCGCUCCGCCUCCUCCUCCUCCUUCCCUCUCUCGCCAUGGUGCUUCUGGCGGCGGCCGUGUGCACCAAGGCGGGCCGGGCCGUCGUGUCGCGCCAGUUUGUGGAGAUGUCGCGCUCGCGCAUCGAGGGCCUCCUCUCUGCCUUCCCCAAGCUCAUGGGCUCGGGCAGGCAGCACACGUUCGUGGAGACGGACAGUGUGCGCUACGUCUACCAGCCCCUCGAGAAGCUUUACGUGCUCCUCGUCACCACCAAGAACUCCAACAUCCUGGAGGACCUCGAGACCCUGCGCCUCUUCUCCAGGGUGGUCCCCGAGUACUGCAAGGUACUGGAGGAGAGCGAGAUUGCGGAGCGCUGCUUCGAGCUGAUCUUCGCCUUCGACGAGAUCGUGGCGCUGGGCUACCGUGAGAACGUCAACCUGGCGCAGAUCCGAACCUUCACGGAGAUGGACUCGCACGAGGAGAAGGUGUUCCGUGCCGUGCGAGAGACCCAGGAGCGGGAGGCGCGAGCCGAGAUGAAGAAGCGUGCCAAGGAGCUCCAGGCCGUGCGGCGCGACGCCGAGCGCACGGGCAAGAAGGCCCCGGCCUUCGGGGGCUUCGGCGGGGGAGGGGGCGGCAUGGGGGGCGUGGGGGGGGGCGCCCCCUCCUCCCCCGUUCUUGGGGGCUCGGCGCUGGACGACAACGACAAGCCCAGGGCGACCUCCGUGGCGGCCAGCCGCUCGAGCGGGAAGGCGAUGAAGCUGGGCAGCAAGGGCAAGGAGGUGGACUCGUUUGUGGACAAGCUCAAGUCGGAGGGCGAGCGCGUGGUCGCCUCCAGCGCGGCGGCACACAAGCGCCAGGACAACGGCAAGGCCGUCGCGCCGCCCGCUCACACGGAGAGCGUGCACCUGCGCGUGGAGGAGAAGCUCUCGCUGGUGUGCGGCCGCGACGGCGGCCUGCAGAGCAUGGAGCUGCUGGGCAUGGUGACGCUGCGCGUGGCCGACGAGAGCCACGCACGCAUCCGCAUCGCCGUGGACAACAACGACAAGAAGGGCGCGCAGCUGCAGACGCACCCCAACGUGGACAAGAAGCUGUUCACCGCCUCGUCGGUGAUUGGCCUCAAGAACGCCGAGAAGUCGUUUCCCCUCAACACCGACGUGGGGGUCCUCAAGUGGAGGCUGCAGACGGCGGACGAGAGCUUCGUUCCGCUCACCAUAAACUGCUGGCCGUCGGAGAGCGGCUCUGGCUGUGACGUGAACAUUGAGUACGAGCUGCAGGAGGAGGCGCUGGAGCUCACGGACGUCGUCAUCACCAUCCCCCUCCCCGCCGGGGCGGGCGUGCCCGUGGUGGGCGAGCUGGACGGGGAGUACUCCCACGACACGAGGCGGGGGCAGCUGGAGUGGCGGCUGCCCCUCAUCGACGCCAAGGCCAAGAGCGGCAGCCUCGAGUUCAGCUGCCCCGGCCUGCCCUCAGAUUUCUUCCCCCUCUCCGUCACCUUCCUCUCCCGCAAGACCUACUGCGACAUCGCGGUGACGGGAGUCAGUUUGGUCGACGGUGAUUUGCCAAGCAAGUUCUCCACAGAGACUUCACUCGUUGUGGACAAAUACGAGAUCGUGUGAGGGGCGACUUUCCACUCUCUCACACACACACACAUAGAUAUAUAUAUACACACACACACAAAGGCAAAGAUCCCCCGUGUAGCCUUAACAGACUGUUGGGGCAAAGUGCUUGUUCGCGAGCACCUCUGAAGGCCGGCACGGCACACACACACACACAAACGUACGUGCACACGCGCUCAUAUUAAGGUUGCCCGUAUAGCCUGCAAUGGGCUGUUGGGACAAGUGGUGUUAGAACAGCAGCAAUCGUACGCACACACACACACACAUAUAUACGUACGUACACAACACGCACGCGCGAGCUACAUACAUCUUCACACACGUACUGGUAGACUUGCACACGUACACACACACACACACGCACACAUCUUCACACACGUACUGGUAGACUUACACGUACACACACACAGACGCACGCACGCGCGCGCAAAGACCUUUAACAGGCCGUUGGGGCGAGUGCUUGUUAGUGUGACAGCACCUUUGUGCCCUCUUCAUGCACACACACACACACGCAUGCACACACACAC